CCUCCGCGCUCGUGGCCGGGACCCGCGGGGCCGCCUCCUCCCCGCUGCCCGCUCCCCGCUCCCCGGCGCCGCCAGGCUCCCGGGCGGGCGGCAGGUGCCGCGCAGCCGGGCCGGGGCCGGCGACCGAGCCGUCGCGGCGGCGGGUGGAUGAGAGUUGGCCCCGAUCUCCGCGCAGGGGAGCCCGUCCGUCAUGUCCGGGUGAGGCAGAGGAGCACCGGGCUGAACAUGCUGAGGAGGCUGGACCGGAUCAGGUUCAGAGGCCACAAGCGAGAGGACUUCCUCGACCUGGCUGAGUCCCCCAAUGCCUCGGACACGGAGGGCGGAGACGAGCUGCCCCUGAAGGUGCCUCGGGCCUCGCCCCGCGACAGCGAGGAGCUCAGGGACCCCGCUGGCGCGGGGACCCUCAUCAUGGCUGCAGGGGUCCAGGACUUCAACCGGACAGAGUGCGAUCGGCUGAACGAGAUCAAGGGUCACCUGGAAAUCGCCUUACUGGAGAAACACUUCCUUCAGGAGGAGCUGCGGAAGCUUCGGGAAGAAACCAACUCCGAGAUGCUGCGGCAGGAGCUGGACCGGGAGCGGCAGCGGCGGAUCGAGCUGGAGCAGAAGAUGCAAGAGGUGCUGAAAACCAGGUCGGAAGAGCAGCCGGGGCAGGCCCCGCCGCCGCCGAAGGGGCAGAGCCAGGCCGGCAACGGCACAGACCGGCGCGGCCAGGGCCUGUCCUCCCGCGUGCAGAAGUGGUUCUUCGAGAAGUUUGGGGAGUACUUGGAGGACUUCCGCUUCCAGCCCGAGGAGAGCACGGUGGAGACGGAGGAGCCGCUCAGCGCCCGCAGGUUAACUGAGAACAUGAGACGGCUGAAGCGAGGUGCCAAGCCCGUCACUAACUUCGUGAAGAACCUCUCUGCCUUAUCCGACUGGUACUCCGUCUACACCUCGGCCAUCGCCUUCACCGUGUACAUGAACGCGGUGUGGCACGGCUGGGCCAUCCCCAUGUUCCUGUUCCUGGCAAUCCUGAGGCUGUCCCUCAAUUACCUCAUCGCCAGGGGCUGGAGGAUCCAGUGGAGCAUCGUGCCCGAAGUGUCGGAGGCCGUGGAACCUCCGAAGGAAGACCUGACCGUGUCUGAAAAGUUCCAGCUGGUGCUGGACGUCGCCCAGAAGGCCCAGAAUCUCUUUGGCAAGAUGGCCGACAUCCUGGAGAAGAUCAAGAACCUGUUCAUGUGGGUCCAGCCUGAGAUCACCCAGAAGCUGUACAUCGCGCUGUGGGCCGCCUUCCUGGCCUCCUGCUGCUUCCCCUACCGCCUGGUGGGCCUGUCUGUGGGGCUGUACGCCGGCAUCAAGUUUUUCCUCAUCGACUUCAUCUUCAAGCGCUGCCCGCGGCUGCGCGCCAAGUACGACACGCCCUACAUCGUGUGGCGGAGCCUGCCCACCGACCCGCAGCUCAAGGAGCGCGCCGCCGGCGCCACCGCGUCCCGCAGGCUGCAGACGGCCUCGUCGCGGAGCUGCGUGUCGAGCGCGCCCGCGGGGCUGAGCAAGGACGACGACGUGGGCCGCUUCCACGGCACCAAGAAGGGCAAUUUCCACGAGAUCUUCAACCUGACGGAGAACGAGCGUCCGCUGGCCGUGUGUGAGAACGGCUGGCGCUGCUGCCUGAUAAACAGAGACGGGAAAAUGCCCACGGACUACAUCAGGAACGGGGUUCUGUACGUGACAGAAAAUUACUUGUGCUUCGAAAGCUCCAAGUCCGGAUCGUCGAAGAGGAACAAAGUGAUCAGGCUGGUGGACAUCACCGACAUCCAGAAGUACAAGGUCCUGUCCGUGCUCCCGGGCUCCGGCAUGGGCAUCGCCGUUUCCACGCCCUCCACCCAGAAGCCCCUGGUGUUCGGCGCCAUGGUGCACCGAGACGAGGCCUUCGAGACCAUUUCCGGCCAGUACAUGAAGAUCACGGCCGCGGCAGCCACCGGGGGCGACAGCUAGCCCCAGCCGCCCGGGCCCCUUCCUGCCGGUGCACCCCACGGGCGUGCGCAAUAAUCCCCCCGGACCUGCAGUCUCGCGUUUGGGCCCGGGUCUGGGCGCACGGAGGGGGGAGCUGGGCCGCCCCCGCCAGGGGUGAAGCACUUUAGUCCCCACAGGCCGGGUGGCGGGCAAAGGAUCCGUGGGGCCUGUGGGAAAGACGCCGCCGCCAGGCCCCCCAAGCACAGCUCCCGGCCCCCGCCCUGGCCCGGGUGCAGACCCCGCGCCAGCCACGAAGGCUCCCCGACCCCAGCGCCCCGGGCGGAGGCGACCCCCACCAAAGCCAUCGCGGGGCUGGAGAGGGCGAGGUGCGCGCGGCCCAGGGCCCCCGACGGCCUCCCUCCACCUUCGG